GUCAGUACGACUCAGGUCUGGUGGGACCUUUAUAACCCAAACAACAACAAGGUGACACGAGGCUUGGUGUUAGUGAGCUUCACGUCCAAGGAAGUGGAUGAAAAUGAAGAUUGAGGAAGUGAAGAGCACCACCAAGACUCAGAGAAUUAAUGCCCACUCUCACGUGAAGGGUCUGGGAGUGAGGGAAGAUGGUACAGCAGAACCAUCAGCUGCUGGACUGGUGGGCCAGACUCAGGCCAGGGAGGCUGCGGGUUACCUCGUUGACUUGAUCCGCACAAAGAGAAUGUCUGGUCGAGCAGCCCUGUUUGCCGGUCCUCCAGGAACAGGCAAGACUGCAAUUGCUCUUGCUCUUGCACAAGAACUUGGCAAUAAGGCAGAAGAGUAUGUUCCGCUGCCUAAAGGUGACGUGCAUAAGAAGAAGGAAGUGAUUCAGGAUGUGACCCUUCAUGACCUGGACGUUGCUAAUGCUCAGCCGCAGGGAGGUCAAGAUAUACUCUCCAUGAUGUCACAACUUAUGAAGCCAAAGAAAACAGAAAUAACAGAAAAGCUGCGGUUGGAGAUCAAUAAGGUGGUCGAUAAAUACAUUGAUCAAGGCAUAGCUGAGCUGGUGCCAGGAGUGUUAUUCAUAGAUGAGGUGCACAUGCUCGAUAUAGAGUGCUUCACCUUCCUGCAUCGAGCACUAGAAUCCAGGAUAGCCCCCAUUGUCAUAUUCGCCACAAACAGAGGACGUUGUGUAAUCAA